GGUGAUCAAGAUAGUGAUCAAUUGUUUAUCACUGAAGAAGAAGAAGAAAUUGAAAUGGAAGAAGAGGAAACUAUUUAUGAGAGAGCACAGGAUAAUUCUCUUGAAACCAGGAUGAUAGAUGUAUUAUUUCCAGUUCUUGAAGACCCAAAUACAGAAAGAAUGGAUAAAGAAGAAGAAGAAGAAGAAAGAGAAAUGAAUGACCAGAACACCGAAUUGGCAGCAAAACUUCACGUAUCAAUAGUCGGAAAAUGUUAUGUUUGUGAAGAAAUAGGUGAAGUAUACGGCAGCAUAUACUUAUGUUACGAGUGCAACUCAAAAAUGGAAGAACUGGUUGAAAAGGGGACAACUGUCUUCUGCCGUGUUGGAUGUCCCAAAAAUUGUUCUUCCUGUCUUCUUUCUAUUGUUUUCCAAUACUUGGACGUGAAUAAUAUUUCUACAUAUGAAAAAAUCGAUUACAAUUCGGAAUUAAUGAAAGAGUAUGUGGAUGGAGGAUCUAAAGACAAGUCUUUGGAAGAAAAAGGUGCCGAUGCUCACUUCGCCAAAUACAUGGAUCGGUGUUGGGAUCGAUAUGUUCAAUGGAUCUGGGAGCAGAAAGACAUCUUUCAACUGAACGUCGACCAAGUGAUCGUUCUUUUAAAAGCAAAUGGCAACAAAGGAAGGUACCUGACCGCAAUAGCCGAUCAGGUAGGCAAAGGGCCAGCCUUCAAAGUGGACGGGGGAUACAUCAAUCCAAAUGACAUAAAAUCCUACAAGCACAGAUGCUUGCUCAUUACUAUCCUGAAAACAGCCACACAGAUGUUCGAUUUAAAAUUUACAUUUUACCAUUUGUAUCUCUUAAAGUUGGUUUGCCUCUUCAAGUUAGACGAGACAGCAAGCGGAGCCUGUAUCGCUCAUCCAGAAGCAACGAUAUUAGCUGAAGAAUAUUCGAUCUUAUUAAAGAAAAUAUGCAAAGUAGAAGAGCAAGUGGUAACAGUCGAAGAAGUUAUGAGUUUGGUACAGUCUCUUGACAAGCAACUGACCAUCAGAGAUGAAAACAGUAAGACAGUGGAAAGACAUAUCGAGGCUUUAUUGGAGGAAAAUCGAGGAAAGAUCAGUUUUCAACCUCCACGCCCACUCGGAAACGAAGGUAUUCCAUAUCGCUUCAUAAAUGAAGGCUUCGCUCAAUGCCUGUUGAAAACAAGGAAGUACCUCUUGAAUCACUUUACUGUGCAUGAUUCUCGAAGCUUGAUUCAAGCCAAUAUAAUCAAAGUGGUGCUGUUUAUUCGCGCAAUGCAAGAUAUUCCAGAAUCGUCUCCCUACGAUGACGAAAUCGCCUCAGAAUUAAAGAAUAUGAUUCAAAAUAUAAAAGACACUGCCUAUCGAAUGGGAUUACAUGAGAAAAACCCAAUAGUACCAACCCAACUGGUGUUGUUGAUGGAUCCAGGAUCAGGAGUCAAGAUGCGUGAUUGUUCGCAAAUGUAUUUGAGUAAAGUGUUCCUGUAUAAAUUGUCUAAAGUGACCAAGAUAAGCGUAGCUACUUUCGAAUGCCUUAUGCCGUCGUUCAAUUUGCGGGGCUAUCUACUAAGCGAUAGACUAUGCUCACAAUUUGUUAUUUACGCUUCAUUCAUACAGAAGAUCCUUCAGGCCGAAGCAUACGUCACCCAAAUCGGGUCUAAAUAUUUAUUUGAUCGUCAACUUCUGACCUCCGACUGGCACUGAUUCUUUUUAAUAAUGGGACUCGAUGGAAGAUACAAUGGUCGUGUAUUGUUAGUCAUUCUGUGGUCCUCAAAAACGAAAACUUAAUCACGAUUUAACUUGGAUUUGUGAAAGGAAGACUUAAGUAAUGCCUAUUGUGUCGAGAACAGAGAAACUUCGACAUGUGAUAAAUUUACUUUUUCCUUAAACCGAAUUUCCUUGUAAUGAUGUAACUUAUACUGUUAAUUGUUAUUUAUUAA